AUGUCACGUCCAUGCUUCAUUGUCUUCAUGCUGCUUGCUUUUCAAGCCACAACUUGGCCAACGGAUGCAUCAGCACUCUUCAGGGCUCCUAGUAACGUCACUGUAUUCGCUGGUAACACUUUCAACUUAACCUGUGGAAUUAUCUAUCAAGAGAGUGAGGAACUUAUUUGGCUUCGAUUCAUGCAAAAUAGAUAUUCUGUCUUGAGUUUAGGUGCAACGGUAGUAACAGCCGAUAAAAGGCUUGAUGUGAAAUUAAAUCCGAUGUUUAUGAUAACUAUCUCUGACGUGAUGAUUUCAGAUGAAGGCAUUUACCAAUGUGGAACUCGUGCGGAGUUCCAUUAUACCCCUUUAGCAAAUGCUACAGUAACUGUAUUGGAACUGACAACUCUCCAGCCGACAACGCUUCAGCCGACAACUCUCCAGCCGACAACUCUUCAGCCGACAACACCGACAACUCUUCAGCCGACAACACUUCUGCCAGCAACGCCUCGUCGUCCCACUCCAUACCGGCCUAUGGCCGGCGCUCCUGUUCCUCAUGAAGACUCAACGUUUAUAUAUGAGAACACCGACUUCACCAGUGAAAGUGCUACUACCUUAAUAGAUCUAACAACAGUUAAUGGCGGACAGGAACAACAAUUAGACAGAUGGGCAGAAUACUACUAUGAACUGUUCUCCAAUACCGUCCCACUUGCACCAGAAACAUUGGAUCAAGUCCCUUUACUUCCAAAACUGUUUGAGCUUGAUGAAGAACCUACAGUGGAAGAUCUAGAAAAGGCCAUUAAUACCCUUAAUGUAGGAAAAGCACCAGGAGAUGACAACAUUCUACCGGAGGUCAUCAAACAAUGCAAAACCACUUUAUUACUACCAUUGUAUGACUUACUGUUACAAUGUUGGAGACACACUCCUCCAACUAUACCACAAGAACUACGUAACUCAAAGAUUAUAACACUCUACAAAAAUAAGGGAUCACGGAAGGACUGUAACAACUAUCGAGGUAUCUCACUCCUCAACAUAGUAGGAAAGGUAUAUGCCAAAAUCAUUCAUCAGAGACUAGUUGUUAUAGCUGACCGUGUCUACUCUGAAUCACAAUGUGGAUUCAGAGUAGGAAGAUCUACCAUAGACAUGAUUUUCUCCCUCAGACAAGUGCAAGAAAAGUGUAGAGAACAAAACAUGCCGCUCCACAUAGCAUUCAUAGAUCUAACAAAAGCAUUUGAUCUAAUUAGUAGAGAUACCCUAUUUAGUGUCCUAGAAAGAAUAGGAUGUCCACCAAUCCUGCUUGGCAUUAUUAAGUCCUUCCAUGAGAAACAACUUGGAGUUAUAACCUUCAACAACAAGACUUCAAAACCUUUUCUGAUCCGAAGUGGUAUUAAGCAAGGGGAUAACAUAGCUCCAGUUCUCUUCGGCAUCUUCUUUGCAGUAGUACUGAUACGAACGUUCAGCCUUUGCCCAGCAAAUCCUGGUAUUGCUAUCCGGACCCGUGAAGAUGGAGGAGUCUUCAAUCAGGCAAGGCUUAGAGCAAAGACAAGGACAAAUACAUUCAAUAUCCAUGACUUGCUCUAUGCAGAUGAUGGUUUUCUCACUCACUCAGCUGAAAAACUGCAGGAAGUUAUGGACUGCUUCUCAAAAGCCUGUAACGAGUUUGGUCUAACCAUCAGCAUUAACAAAACUAAAAUCUUACACAGAGAUAAUGAUGAACCCCCAUCAAUCAAAAUCAAUGGUGAAGAACUGGAAUGUGUAGAGACAUUCUGUUACCUUGGGUCUACAGUCAACUCCAAAGGUACACUAGAUGAUGAGAUUGAGAAGAGGAUAUCAAAAGCCACUGUAACCAUGGCAAGACUGAAAGAUAGAGUAUGGGAGAACGCCAAGCUGACUAAUAAAACUAAGUGUCAGGUAUACAAAGCUUGUGUAUUAAGCAUACUCCUAUAUGCUAGUGAAACUUGGACAACAUACGCCUGGCAAGAGAGAAAGCUGAAUACAUUUCAUAUGAGAAAUGUUCGCCGCAUUCUAGGCAUUAAAUGCCAAGAUAAAAUCAGUAACAAAGAGGUGCUAGAGAGAGCAGAACUAUGUGAUAUUUACACAUUACUAACAUAUAAACGAUUGAGAUGGUUUGGUCACACAACAAGAAUGGAAUCCCACAGAAUCCCAAAGCAACUUUUGUAUGGUGAACUGGCAGAAGGAAAGCGCUCUAGAGGAGGACGUCCUUUACUGCGGUAUAAAGAUGUAUGUAAACAAGAUCUCAAUUCGAUCAACAUUGAUCCCCAUACUGCAGAAGAAAUGACCAACAACCGAGAAUCAUGGCAUCAUUCAAUUAAGUCAGCGGUGGAAACGCGACAACAAAAACAUUACAGACAUAAAGCUUACCUCCGCCACCAAAGAAAAACAAAAGAACCAACAAUGUCAGUUGAAUUGAAUGAAUGUCCAAAUUGUAAAAGGAAAUGCAAAUCAAGGAUUGGACUCCACAGUCACAUGAGGGGUUGCAAAGAAAGAAGAUCAAAUGAUGAUUAUGAGCUAUAUUGA